GAAGCUUUAGAUGAUAUAACAAAUCAAUACGGAUUAGGUUUGAUCAACCACUUGGGUCCUCACCUCAUAGCCCUGGGACAUUUUAUGGUAUUAAAAUUAGCUCUUAAAAAUUAUAAAAAUUAUUUUGAAGCAAAAAAUACAAAAUUUUUUAGUUGGCAAAAAAUUUUACAGUUCAGCUUAACAGAUCGAUUUAAAGUUCUUGAUAUGAUGUGUGACCAUGACUCUGUAUAUUACUCAGAAAAAAAACGUAGAAAAACUUACUUAAAAGUAGAUAGAUCGAAUACAUCUAUGGAAUGUAAUAUAUUGGAAUAUUUAAUACAUUUUUUUAAUAAAUAUCAGUUAGAAAUAAUUAAAACGACACAAGAUACUGAUUUUGAUUUACAUGGUAUGAUGGAACAUAAAUAUAUAAAAGAUUAUUUCUUCUCAUUUAUGUGUAAGGAUCCUAAAGAAUGUAUCAUUUAUCAUACUAACCAAUUUAAAAAAGAAGCCAACGAAGAAAAUACGUUUCCUGAAGAACCUAAUCGUGAAAUCAGUGCAUAUAAUUUAUAUUUAAAUUAUUAUUAUUUCAUGAAACGUUAUAGUUCAUAUGGAACAAAAAAAGCAUUAUAUGUUCAUUUAUUAAAUUUAACUGGACUUUUAAAUUAUGAUACAAGAGCAUAUGUGACAUCUCUUUAUUUACCAGGAUAUUACAACGUCGUUGAAAUGUCCUUUACAGAAGAUGUUGAGUUCACAACCC